GUUUGGUCUUGAGCAGCUGAAACCGGUUUGGAGCGGAGCCUCUUCCUAGCGCUCUGCGCCGCCGCGGGCCGCCUAGGGGAGCGCUGGCGAGGUGGGACGGCGUGUGCCGGCACCUCGGCCCGCAGCCCUCGCUGUUCAGGGCGGCGGCGCGAACCCGCGGACCCGGCAGCACAACAUCCAAAGACAAAGCCAUCAGAAUGACACCUUCUCAGGUUACCUUUGAAAUAAAAGGACCUCUUUUACCAGGAGAAGUUUUUGCAAUAUGUGGAAGCUGUGAUGCUUUGGGAAAUUGGAAUCCUCAAAAUGCUGUGGCUCUUCUUGCAGAAAAUGAGACAAGUGAAAGCAUGUUAUGGAAAGCCAGCAUUGUACUCAAUAGAGGCGUAUCAGUUCAGUAUCGCUACUUCAAAGGGUGCUUUUUGGAACCAAAGACUAUCGGUGGUCCAUGUCAAGUCAUAGUUCACAAGUGGGAGACUCAUCUACAACCACGAUCAAUAACCCCUUUAGAAAAUGAAAUUAUUAUUGACGAUGGACAAUUUGGAAUCCACAAUGGUGUUGAAACUUUGGAUUCUGGAUGGCUGACAUGUCAGACUGAAAUAAGAUUACGUUUGCAUUAUUCUGAAAAACCUCCGGUCUCAAUAACCAAGAAAAAAUUUAAGAAGUCUAGAUUUAGGGUAAAGCUGACCCUAGAGGGUCUAGAAGAAGAUGAUGAUGACAGACUAUCUCCUACUGUUCUUCACAAAAUGUCUAAUAGUCUAGAGAUAUCGUUAAUAAGUGACAAUGAAUUCAAGUGCCGGCAUUCCCAGCCAGAGUGUGGGUAUGGCUUACAGCCUGACCGUUGGACAGAGUAUAGCAUCCAGACAAUGGAGCCAGAUAACCUGGAACUAAUCUUUGAUUUUUUUGAGGAAGAUCUCAGUGAGCCCGUUGUUCAGGGAGAUGCGCUUCCUGGACAUGUAGGUACAGCAUGCCUCCUAUCAUCUACCAUUGCUGAGAGUGGGAAGAGUGCUGGGAUUCUUACUCUUCCCAUUAUGAGCAGAAACUCCAGGAAAACCAUAGGCAAAGUGAGAGUUGACUAUAUAAUUAUUAAGCCAUUACCAGGAUAUAAUUGUGAUAUGAAAUCUUCAUUUUCCAAGUAUUGGAAGCCAAGAAUACCUUUGGAUGUGGGACAUCGAGGUGCAGGGAACUCUACAACAACUGCCCAGCUUGCUAAAGUCCAAGAAAAUACUGUUGCUUCUUUAAGAAAUGCUGCUAGUCAUGGUGCAGCCUUUGUAGAAUUUGAUGUACAUCUUUCAAAGGAUUUUGUGCCUGUGGUCUACCACGAUCUCACCUGUUGUUUGACUAUGAAAAAGAAAUUUGAUGCUGAUCCAGCUGAAUUAUUUGAAAUUCCAGUGAAGGAGUUAACAUUUGACCAACUUCAGUUGUUAAAGCUUGCACAUGUGACUGCACUAAAAUCUAAAGAUCGGAAAGUAUCUCUGGUUGAGGAAGAAAAUUUCUUCUCUGAAAAUCAGCCAUUUCCUUCUCUUAAGAUGGUUUUAGAGUCUUUGCCAGAAGAUGUAGGGUUUAACAUCGAAAUAAAAUGGAUCUGCCAACAAAGGGAUGGAAUAUGGGAUGGCAACCUAUCAACAUAUUUUGACAUGAACCUGUUUUUGGAUAUAAUUUUAAAAACUGUUUUAGAAAAUUCUGGAAAGAGGAGAAUAGUGUUUUCUUCAUUUGAUGCAGAUAUUUGCACAAUGGUUCGGCAAAAACAGAACAAGUAUCCUAUAUUAUUUUUGACUCAAGGGAAAUCUGAUAUUUACCCAGAACUUAUGGACCUCAGAUCUCGGACAACUCCCAUUGCAAUGAGCUUUGCACAGUUUGAAAAUCUGCUGGGGAUAAAUGCACAUACUGAAGACCUGCUCAGAAAUCCAUCCUACAUUCAAGAAGCAAAAGCUAAAGGACUAGUCAUAUUCUGCUGGGGUGAUGACACCAAUGACCCUGAAAACAGAAGGAAAUUGAAGGAGUUUGGAGUUAAUGGUCUAAUUUAUGAUAGGAUAUAUGAUUGGAUGCCUGAACAGCCAAAUAUAUUCCAAGUGGAGCAGUUGGAACGCCUGAAGCAAGAGUUACCAGAGCUUAAGAGCUGUUUGUGCCCCACUGUUAGCCACUUUGCACCCUCCUCUUUGUGCGGGGAGCCUGAUAUCCGCAUGGAUGCCAAUGGCAUCGACGACACGGAGAAUGCUUAGUUUUUACUGCACAGAGACCACGUGGGGGCAUCCACUGCUCUCCUGGGUAUUCACCUUUCAUCAGUGAAACUAUGUCUGUCAAUGCCUUUUGGGUUCUAAGUCCAACGAAGCAAUAAUGAAGUAUUUUACUAAUUCACCACAGUUCUUGCUAGAAUUUCAAAUAUGCUACUUAAAUCACUUGGCCAGGUAUAAUUACCAGUCAGUCUCUUUACAAAUGAGAAAAUUUACUGGGAAAUACUUCAAACUAAAGAUGUCAACCUAUAAUGUUAAACAGAUGUUCAUUAAUAAGCAUAGCUCUUUGAAAUUAAAUUUCUGAGUAUCUCCUGUUUUCACUCGCCACAGCUUUUCAUUUGAUCAGGUCUGAAAUCUUUUAAGCACGUGAGGAAAAUGACUAUGCAUAAUUAUACCUGACCAGUGGGAAAAAUAAAAAAGUACCUCAAAUGCAUGCAUUUGCACUCGUGAUCCAACUGCACAAGUCUUUGUGCCAUCUGUGUCCAUAUGUGUUUUUACAUGGGUUGACGUGCACACAUACCGUUUUCCUUCAGUAUGCACCUUGCCACUGCUGCCGUUUCCCACGUAACCAAACCAGUUCCUGUGUACGCACUUUGGAGGUGAAACCAUGGACACUUGUUUCUUCACAAGGUUUUCAAAAGUCAUUUUGCAUAAAUCUUAAAAUUUCAAAAUGCUGCAGGGUAAUUUAAUGUAUAAAAUAUUCGCAAAAGGAAAUAUGCGUUUCGCAGACUUGAGUAGAGUAGCUCGGCAUGUAUAAAUUCAAGUCAAUGCAUGCUUCAGGUUGUAAGCAUGAGCUUGUACACGUUUACUUCAGUCCUUGCAUCUGUGGUGCUAGGUGAGUGAGGAGGUGCCAAGGACUCAAAAUAUUUUGUUGCCUAAAGAAAAAGAAAAAAAAAAAAAUCCUGUUGAUAGGCAUCUAAAUACGCUUAUUUUACGUCUCUCAUUACCUAUUACACACUGUUGCUUUGUAGAUUUGUUUUGUGUGUUUAUGUUGUAUAGUAGUGACAUCUCCAUGCAGAAAAAUAAAUGUUCUGAAUUCUCA